CCUGCCGGUCCCGCGGGAACUGGGUUUGCGGCAAACUUCACUCGCAAGGGGCUUUGCAACUCGUGCCCCGCAGCUCCUUUUGCGGGCGUUUCGACGUCGACCCCUUCAUGCGGAUGUCCAAUCCCGUCCUGUCCCUCUCUCCCCCUCACCGCUCUUGUUCCUCGUCGUCGACGUCGUCGCCGCCCCCGGCGGGGCCCCGCAGGUGCCAGGAUGGCGGCGGCUCCCGCGCGGGAGAUUGGGCUGGCGCAGGCGGCGGCGCCGGCCGUUGGCGGUGCCGGCCCCAGGCCGCCUGGGGCCGCAGCGGCACAGUGCCCGGUCCCCCGCUGUUUCUUCUCGGUGGGCUCGCCGCUGGGGAUGUUCUUGAGCAUCCGCCUGUCGCACCAGAGGCGGUCGCCAGCACGGUACUUCCAGGGCCUGGACGUGCGCUGGCCGGCUGGGAUGGUGGGGCGCGGCUGGCGGUUCUUCAAUGUCUUCCACCCGGACGAUCCGAUCGCCUAUCGUGUGGAGCCGCUGCUCAACCCCCAGUACACCCCCAUGCAGCCCAGGGUCGUGCCUCACCAGGGCGGCCUUCGUUGGCACCACCAGAUCAACCAGUGGUUCCGUGGGAGUUCCAAGACUUGGGUUGACGGGUCGAACAGCCAGGAGAGCGACGGGAGGCCGCUGGAGGACGUGCUCCUGGUGCCGACCGCCGAGGAUGCCGACGGGGCCCCACCGUCAGCCAUGAACUUCCUGGACAAGGAGGACAAGCCCGGGCGGCCGCCGCAGAGCGUGGCGGUGGACCGGCUCGACUACGCCCUGCAGGAGAGCGCUUUCGAGUCCAUGAACGAGCUCUUGAGCGCAAUCAACAGCCACUUCCACUACUGGAUCAACGAGGACCUGCACCACUUCGUCGUCGACCAGCUUCUCGAGUGCCUGGAGGGUGGCGUGACGGCCCCGGCGCGCUAGAGCGGAUGCAGCGUUAGUGCAGUUGUUUUCGAUAGCUGGAAUGCCAAGGAGUAUGAUUGUGCACUGAAGGUUGAUCCUUUCACCUCCACGCAUUGCUUUCAUUCUCCCUCUCGCACUCCCCGCAUUU